AUUACCGGAUCUCUUCAUUUUUUUUUCUUGUGCAGUUAUCACCUCGCGUGACCGCGGUUGACGGAAUUUUCGACAAAAUUCCUGGAGUACAGUUUCGGCUCGUCCCUAAUUUUACGAGUCUCACCUGUGUCUCACCAUUUAGUCCAGGGGGAAGGAUGAACGCUCCCAAGGGACGCUCGUGACGCCGCUUGCCGCUGGAUUGCGAAAAUGAAGACCGAGAUCGAGGCGGAGUCGGAUUGCUCGGAGGGUCUCCUCUGCCCGAACAACAACUUCGCUUUGGCGAAGAAGAGCAGCAGCGGCAGCGGCAGUGGCAGUGGCAGCGGCAGCGAGGGCAGCGAUGGCAUCGAGAUGGACUGCGGGGGGUGCGGGGAGAGCGUGCGGGAGCGCACCGUCCUCUGCGUGGGCGGACGCACUUGGCACUCCAGGUGCCUCAAGUGCUGCGCAUGCGCCAGGCCUCUCCACGACCAGCGCUCCUGCUUCCUCCGGGGAAUGAGGCUCUACUGCAGGCACGACUACGCCCUAACCUUCGGUGCAAAGUGUGCAAAAUGCGGAAGAAGCGUAGGAGCCGGGGACUGGGUGAGAAGAGCAAGAGAGAGGGUGUACCACCUUGCGUGUUUCGCGUGCGACGCGUGUUCGCGUCAAUUGUCAACUGGAGAACAAUUUGCAUUGUUGGACGCGAGAUUGCUCUGCAAGGCUCACUACCUGGACGUUGUCGAAGGCAACAACACCUCAUCUUCGGAAGACUGCGACUCCGAGCACGGCGGCAAGGGCGGCAAAACGAAGAGGGUGAGGACGACCUUCACCGAGGAGCAACUCUCGGUUCUCCAGGCCAACUUCCAGCUGGACAGUAAUCCAGAUGGUCAAGAUUUGGAGAGGAUAGCCCACGUCACUGGACUCAGCAAGAGGGUCACCCAGGUCUGGUUCCAGAACUCCAGGGCGAGGCAGAAGAAACACACCGGGAAGGUCAAGACGCAAAUGCACCACUCGCCCCCGCUACAGCACCACCCCUCGGACCUGUACACCGGAGGUGUUAGCGUCGUGGGCGCUUAUCUAGGAAGCUACCAGGGCGGAAGUGCCGGAAGCGAGAGUCCCGGAAGUCCGUUGACCCCGCUGACACCGUUGACUCCUUUGACCCCCACCACGCCGACGCACCUGCAGGCUCAGUUCUGCCAUCAGAGUGGAUAAUGCUCCUUUCUCCCUUUUCCAUUUUUUAUCGCACCCCGUUCCUAGUGACGAGCAAACGUAAGACCAAGAGCAAGUCCACCGUGGUCUUUGUUCUGCUCUUACAAUUUUGGCAAUGACCAUCUCGGCCUUGUAGUCUUGGUUAGGUGUUGAUUGUACCAAAAGCCAAGACUACCUUGGUCUUGCAAUUGUGGGCAGAUGUUGGUCACAUACUUUUGACAUGACUAAGACUACCAUGGUCGGGGGUUCAUCUUACAAUUUUGGCAAGACGAAGACCAAGUUGAUCUUACACUUUGGCAAGACCAAGACGAAGUCUACCGUGAUCUUGCAAUUAUGGUCGGGUAAUGGUCUUCCACUUAUGGCAGGACCGAGACCAAGAACAAUUAUGCUCGUCCCAACGCCCCGGUGAAACUUGUGUGAACUCUUGUACAUACGGUGAGAAUGCAAGCGACGAAUGAAUGGGAGGAACCCCUCCACGUAUUAUAGAUGUACAAUAUCUAUACGGUUUAGUUGCUGUUCAUAGUCGAGUAGGUCCGCGAUUCGUGCCUACUGUAAAAAUAGCGUAAGCCUAUCCCAGGGAUAUGUAUCGCGUAAUGCGCCACGCCUUGCGUACGUUAUUUAUUCUCGGUGCAGUGUAACCUCUUAAUUGUAAAAAUUGUAUUCGGGCGAGGUGUCCUUAUUCUCGCGAUUUUGGAUGUAUUUCUGGCGGGGGUUGAGGGUGGAAUCCUGCCGAUGCAUGAAAAGAUACCUAUCCUGCAUCUUGUAAGAAUGUAUUGUUAAUGACGAGUCCUGUAACGGUGAAUUGUUUAACCCACCUUCGACAUCCGACAUUACGACAUCCUAG